AUGUUCAUGAACGUCAACAGUGAUGGAAAUGGCAGGGGGAAGGAAAUGGAAUAUCGUCUGGACAUCUCCGGCGUGUUGGGCGAGGGCAGCGAGUAUGGCGACAGCGGCAUCGACGGAGUCGCCGCCGAGCUGGACGGGGACGCGGAGCUGGUGCCGCGGCGCUGCAAGGCCAUGUCCGCCUCCUUCUCCAUGUACUCGGCCACCGAGAGCAGCAUUUUCAACGGGAGCGACAGCGGGAGCAGCAGCGGAGGAGGGGGGAGGGAGGGAGGAAGGGGGGAAGUGUACGAGAACUUCCGAAAGGAGCUCGACAAUCAGGGGCGGGACUGCGUGGAGGAGGCGGGCUCUGCGGUGAGUGACGAGCGCAGCAGCGGCACUCUAAGCGCCGCCUAUCCAUCAGACACCGUGAUUGGCUGUGCCCAUGGCACUGUCCGGAAGGCGGGGGCUCUGGCCGUGAAGAACUUCCUGGUUCAUAAGAAGAGCAAGAAGGUGGAGCCCGCCACCCGGCGCAAGUGGAAACACUACUGGGUUUCUUUGAAAGGCUGCACCCUUUUCCUCUACGAGACCGACGGCCGGUCAGGGAUCGACCACACCAGCGUGCCCAAGCACGCGCUGUGGGCAGAGAACAGCAUCGUGCAGGCUGUGCCCGAGCAUCCCAAGAAGGACUUCGUCUUCUGCCUCAGCAACUCCGCGGGAGACGCUUUCCUGUUUCAGACGUCGGGCCAGACGGAGCUGGAGAACUGGAUCACGGCGAUCCACUCAGCGUGCGCCGCCGCCCUGGCCCGGCAGCACCACCGGGACGACACGGUGAGACUGCUGCGCACAGAGAUCCGCAAGCUGGAGCAGAAGAUCGACAUGGACGAGAAGAUGAAGAAGAUGGGAGACAUGCAGCUGUCCACCGUCACCGACACCAAGAAGAGGAAGACCAUACUGGAGCAGGGCUGCCUAAAAGCAAUAAAUGACAUUAGUGGCCUCAAGGGUGAUAUCCGACGGCUCUCAGGUAUACAGUCCGAAACGAUCGAAGUUAUGAACUCAGCCAUCUCCAAUACCGUCCUCUGGGACUCAUCAUCUCGUUGCCGGCUCUCCUCCUGCUCCACUCCCAGCUCACAGGCUACCUGGUUGGAGGUGCUGAGGGAGAGGGAGGGCUCGGUGAAAAGCCUCCCCCGGCACAGCGUGGACAGUGACAUCUGGGUUCCCGACUACCUGGCCCCCUCCUGGGUGUGUCUGCACGACCAGCCCGUGCUGGCCAUCGUGCAGCCUGCGGAGACCACCCUGGAGGUCCUGAGCACCGUCUGCAAGGCUCAUAAACUGGACCCGUCCCACCACUACCUCCGGCUGACAGUGUGUGUGGAGGGCCGGCUGCUGUAUGUUCCCAAACCUGAGGAGGAAAUCUCAGAUCUGCUCUACAACGAGAUGGAGAUUUGCCCCAAAAGGACCAAGGUGAUCCGCUUCGACAAAGCCGAGUGCAGCGCUGUGGGAUAUGGGUUUUCCGUGGCGGUGGUGGAUCAUACAGGAACACAGCAGCUUUACAUAACGGAGGUGAAAGCAGCAGGACUGGCCUCAGCUAAAGGUUUGAGAGCAGGGGACGAGAUCCUCUUGCUGAACAGCAAGCCCGCCUCCGCCCUCCAAAUGGACGACAUGAGAGCUGCGUUUGUUAACCCGGCGUUGACCCUGAGUGUCAGUACCCUGCCCCAGCUGGACCCUCAGCUGCUCUGCCCCGUCCCCCCGAGAUGCUCCGACAGGGAGAGGGACACCGCCACCGACAUCUUCUCCCAGAGCCAAGAGGACAUCCUGGAUGAGGUGUCGGGCUUGACGGUGGAGAGCCCAGAUGAGUCUCUGGAGGAGGGUUCUCGGUUAUGCCCACAAAGUCCGGAAGACAAGCCUAGCGCUGGAGCGGGACAUAAGAGCACAGUGCAGGUCGCUGCUUUCUGCCGCAGCCUCCACGAGAUGAAUCCCCCGGAGUGCCCGAUGUCGUCCUCCUCCUCCUCCUCCUCCUCCUCGUCCUCCCUCACCCCGAGCCCUGUGUCGUCUGUGCCGCCCACGGCAGCCGCCGCCACCCAGAGACAGCUGUCCCACGCGGACAAACUCCGCAAGGUCAUCAACGAGCUGGUGGAGACGGAGAAGACUUACGUCAAAGAUCUCCGUUGCUUGAUCGAGCGCUACUUGAUGCCCCUGCAGAAGGAAAACUUCCUCACACAGGAUGAGCUGGAUGUGCUCUUUGGUAACCUUGGGGAGAUGGUGGAGUUCCAGGUGGAGUUUCUGCAGACACUUGAAGAUGGGACCAGACUGGUCCCCGAUUUGGACAAACUAGAGAGGGUGGAGCAGUUUAAGAAAGUGCUGUUUUCCCUGGGGGGUUCAUUCCUGUACUACGCCGACCGCUUCAAGAUCUACAGCGCCUUCUGUGCCAGCCACACCAAGGUCCCCAAGGUCCUGGCUAAAGCUAAGACGGACCGAGACUUUAAGGCUUUUCUGGCGGAGAGAAACCCCAGACAGCAGCACUCCUCCACCCUGGAGUCCUACCUGAUCAAACCCAUCCAGAGGGUCCUGAAAUAUCCUCUGCUGCUGAAGGAGCUCUACUCUCUUACCGACCCAGACAGUGAGGAGCACUACCACCUGGAUGUUGCGAUGAAGGCCAUGAACAAGGUGGCGAGCCACAUAAAUGAGAUGCAGAAGCUGCACGAGGAGUACGGGGCCGUGUUUGACCAGCUCAUCAACGAACAAACUGCGGAUAAGAAAGAGGUGGCCGACCUCUCCAUGGGGGAUCUGCUGCUGCACGCCGCUGUGGUGUGGAUCAACCCUCCGUCUUCUCUGGUCAAGAGCAAGAAGGACCCCGAGCUGUCGGCUUUUGUGUUCAAAACAGCGGUCGUCUUCGUGUACAAAGACUGCUCCAAGCACAGGAAGAAGAUCGGUGGAGCUCAUCGGGCUUCAGUAUCUGAUGAUAAGGACCCUUUCCGUUUUCGACACAUGAUCUCAACAGACUCUCUCCAAGUCCGCGCCCUUGCAAAUUCUGAGGGCACAGCAGUGUGUGAGGUAGUUCACACGAGGUCGGAGUCAGAGGGAAGACCAGAGAGAACCUUCCAGUUGUGCUGCAGCUCUCCAGAAAGUAAGAAGGACUUCCUAAAAGCGGUCCACUCCAUCCUGAGGGAGAAGCAGCGUCGUCAGCUGCUUAAGACCGAAACCCUGCCACCCAACCAACAGUAUUUUCCCUUUGGGGGCAAACGUCUGUGUGCCCUCAAAGGAGCCCGGCCCACCGUUAACAGAACAGUGUCAGUGCCAUCUCGGACUCUGGGCCGCAGGAAGCUAGCGAGGAACCGCUUCACUAUUGACACGGAUGUCGUUUACCAAGGCAACAACAACGGCAAUGACUCUGACCCCUCCCAACACUCCCUUAGCCCUUCUUCCUACUCGCCGCCAUCCCAGCAUGCCCUGCUCCAAAACCAUAAACCUCAAGGGGAGGACACGGACCGCUGGGUGGAGGAACAGUUCGACCUGGGUCGCUAUGAUGACCGGGUCGAGGGGCCCGAUGUGGCGCAGGUGAAGGAGACGGACAUUUUGAGUGACGACGACGAGUACUGCAAAUCUGUCAGAGCCUUUUCCACGGAGCCCCCUGGCCUGGAGGGACUUACUCUGCACGACGUAGAGGUGAGGGGCUACAACCCCCAGAGAGGGAGUGACAUCAUCCAAGGUGGGGUCGGGGAGGAGCGAGGUGACGAAAUAGACUGUGCGAGAGAUUCAGAGCCCACCCCUUCCCCAGGGCACGUGGACUCCCUUGUCUACCCCGCCAUACCCCUGUCCCGCUGUACGGCCCCUUCUCUUAAACUCGCUCCCUUGAAGCAGUGUGCGGUGGAGGGAGCCAGUGAUAGCGACCACGAUGUCAUCUGGGUGCGACGGGAUGACUACGCCAACGGGUGCAACAGCAAUGUCUUCUGAAAGAGGAUGACGAUGGCCUUGAAAUAAGAAAUGCUGGGAAUGAAAGCGCGGGGGGGGGGGGGAGAGUCUCCGAUUGAGGCUCAUGUCAAAACCGGAUGGAUUCUCCCAAGAAUCAUUUAGAAUAAGCAGGAGAUAAAACAGAGUACAAGCUUUAAAAUGGAGGAUUUGGAGGGGAAGAACUUGAAAGGAAGGAACGAAGACUCAAACAAUCCUCCUAGACCACUUUUACUCAUCCUCGUCCCACUUCUUCGCACCCACCUGUGUUCUGACAAUCCCGAGUCACUCAACUCCCCACUUGGGGGUGGGGGGGGGGGUGAGAAACCUCUUUCUGUUCCCGUAUAGGGUUUCUAUUAGGACCGAAGCCCCCUAUCCGAGUCUCCUUCAACUGACCCAGAAGACGGGAGCGAUUCCUCAUCCACCCCGGGAGGGGGGCACAACCCUGGAACAACCACCCUUUACCAACAGUACGCGAACCUAUGAACGAGACCAAGACCUCUUACUGCAUGUACACGCGAGCAAGCAAGCGAGGGUCCACAUGUCCACAUGCACACACGGAGACAAAGCCCCCCCGGCAGCUAUUGUACCAUACGCACAUUACUGAAGAGACGCCAUCGCCGAACGAUCACCUUCAUGCUAGAAAUGUCUAUUUUUGAUCACAGGAAUGUGGGUGUUAUUUUUCUCCUGCUCAGAAACCGUUUUGUGUAUUUAAUUGCUCAAGGGCUGCGUGUAAAACUGAAUCACUCUUCAGGGGCUUUCGGCUUGAGAUCGCUUUGUAAAAUCUAGUGAACACCAACUAGCUUUAUUGUGGUUUUUAUUGUUUUUAACUUAAUAUCGGCUGCACACUGAUGUAUAGUCAGGAGUAGCUUAGUGCCAAUAGCCUUGUACAUAAAACAUGCGUUGUUUUGACCCUCUCGCGUCACACACACCAUAUCUGUUUUGAGAUUAUUAUUUUUUUUUGGACAAUAGCUUAUGGACAAUUGUAGACCUUUAUUUCAAAAGUGAAUAUCUGUUUUGUUAACACUCUUGUUUACACGACAUUAUAUUGCUCAGUAUUACAAAUGAAUAUUUUUCGGUCAAGGGAAUCCUAAGCAAGGUGUUGGUGGGAGUCGUGGGUUUGCCCCCACAGGACGGUCAUCACGUCACGUUUAGAGUCCAGGCAUUUUGUACAUUUUGGCGCCUCUUCCAAUGCCGGUCACACUUUAUCCUGUUUGUGGCUUUGGCUGAGUAAGAGAUCUCACCAAGGGCUGUCAUCGUUCAGCAAAGAUGUUCAAUUUCCACCCCCGAAAAGCCACUCCUCGCCCCCACCCCCCACCCCCAGUCCUUUGUGACGUAAUAUCCACAACCAGUCCUGUUUGACUUGAACUUUCUUUUUCUUUUCCUCUUUGAAAUGAGACGUCACCACGUGUUACUGGCAGUACUGUAAACCCAGACCACGAGAGACCACAACCCUCAUCAUCAGGCCUUUCUCGAGGUCUGCUUUUCCCAGCUCCUCGUGGUCUUUAUAUCAGUCGGCAUCAUGACUGCGAAGAAGCUGAGCGAGACAGACGGACCUGAACCAGAGACGGAGCCAUCCACCCAUCCAUCGUCUACACCGCUUACCCCCUGCUCUCAGGGUCGCGGGGAUGCUGGAGCCUAUUCGUCCCCUCCCCGAUUAAAACCAAACGUAGACCACCGACUCCCUUGUUUUCUCUUUCUCUCUCGUUCGUUUACACAUCCACUAGAUGGCGCUGUUGCACACAACACCGUCGCAGCACCGCGGCGAUUUUUUUCUUAGCCCGGCUCCAACGGUUCACGUGCACCUUUUUUAAUGGCUGUAUUUAACCCGCACUUGUUCUGCCUGUCUGUGGGGGGGCCAGCCCGAGAGACCACCGGUCAGCAGAGGGCCCACGGCGCCAGGAAAGGGCGGCGAAACACGCCGCUGGCUGUUCUUAAUCCGGUUCUGUUUUCUGAGUUCGUGUACAGGGUGAUGAACUAGUUUUGACCUAGAGACGUGAGGUACAAUCACCUGUCUGCACAGGCAAAGCCCCCGGGGACCCCCCCCUUUGACUUUCCCCCGUUUGUACUUUAAACAAGAGCUGUAUUCAUACAUAAAGCUGUGGAGUAUAACUGUUAUUUUAUGUUACUGUUAUAAGGAAAAAUAAAUUUUCUAAAUUGA